AUGAUCAUCGGAGCUGCUCACUUCUACUCGUUCCUGCUUGAAGGCCGGAUCCGUCUGGCUGGCCCCGUCCCCCUGCUUGUCGAGUCCGUGUUUGGAUGGAUUGCGACGGGCUCAGUUGAGGUCAGCGACGAAGCGGAGCAGCAACCUACGGUGGCUUGUCAUGUGGCGACAGUCGAAUCCGUGGACAAGAUGCUGGAGCGAUUCUGGGCUCUCGAAGAGGUCGGCAGCUCCAACUACUCGGUCGACGAGCACAAGUGCGAAGCCUACUUCAAGGAGACGGUUGCGCGCGACGAGAGCGGACGGUACGUGGUCAAGCUGCCGAAGCACCCCGAGUUCCAGCAGAUGAUCGGCGCGUCGAAAACGAACGCUGUUCGCAGAUUCCGGUGGCUGGAGCAGAAGCUGGAAAAACAACCCGAGCUCAAGCCGCAGUACCACGAGUUCAUGCAGGAGUACCUGACCCUGGGCCACAUGCACGCUGUUCCCGACGACGACGAAGACGAAAGUUCCCGCGCGUGCUAUUUGCCCCACCAUCCCGUGAUCAAGGAACAGAGCUCGACGACUAAAGUGCGCGUUGUGUUCGACGGUUCCGCCAAGACCAGCGCGGGACACUCCCUCAACGAUGCGCUUUUAGUCGGACCCGUGGUGCAGGACGAGCUCCUGGACACUGUGCUGCGCUUCCGGAAGUUCCCCAUCGCCCUAGUAGCCGACAUCGAGAAAAUGUACCGCCAGGUGGCGGUGCACCCUGAAGACCGUCCGUACCAACGGAUUGUUUGGAGAUUCGACCAGGAGCAACCCAUCACCACGUACGAGCUGGCCACGGUGACGUACGGUUUGGCACCAUCGUCCUUCUUGGCCACGAGAACUUUGCUUCAGCUGGCAGACGACGAAGGCGCGCAGUUCCCCCAGGCCAGCGCGGCCAUCAAGAAGCACAUGUACGUGGACGACUUCAUCGGCGGCGCGCAAACCGUAGACGACGCGAUCCUGCUGCGCUCCGAUCUCUGCAAGCUGCUACUGAAGGGAGGAUUCCAGCUGCGUAAGUGGUGCUCCAACUCGCUCGCCGUCCUGGCGGACAUUCCCAGCGAGCUCCUUGGAACGCAGUCGUCGUUGCAGUUCGACCCCGAAGAGACGAUCAAAACCCUUGGCAUCAGCUGGGAGCCCGAAGCUGACGUGUUCCGGUUCGUUGUCUCGGUCGUCUGGGACCUGUCCCCCACCAAGCGCAACAUCCUCUCCGUAAUCGCCCAGCUGUACGGCCCCCUCGGUCUGAUCGCUCCCGUCGUCGUACUUGCCAAGAUCGUCCUGCAGGAGCUGUGGUACUUGGCACUGGAGUGGGACGCGUUGGUCCCCCCGGAGUUGCGCACAAGAUGGUUCGACUUUUGCGAAGGGCUUUCGCAUCUAACCAACUUCCGCAUCGACCGCUACGCCUUCGCCCGUAAAUGCUGCUACGCCGAGCUCCAUUUCUUCUCGGAUGCGUCCGAGGUGGCCUACGGAGCAGUCGCCUACGUGCGCUCGGAGUCGCCAGACGGCAAGUUCAAGGUGAGCUUGCUGACAUCGAAGUCGAAGGUGGCCCCCCUCAAGAAGCGAAGCAUACCUCGUCUGGAACUUUGCGCAUUCUUUCUCGCCGCGCAAAUGUACGUGAGAGUCGUCGAAGCACUGGACGUGAAGUUUCAAGACGUGUACUUCUGGACCGACUCGGAGGUGGUUCUGCAGUGGCUGAAGUUGGCGCCCCGAAGGUGGAAACCCUUCGUCGCAAAUCGCAUCUCGGAGAUCCAGAUCAUCACCCACGGCGCAAAGUGCCUGCACGUCGCCGGCUUGGAGAACCCUGCGGAUCUGGUGUCCCGCGGAAUGCCGGCGGAGAAGCUCGUCAACAGCCCCAAGUGGAAGUUCGGAGCGUCCUGGUUGGGCAAGCACAAGCCGUUGUGGCCCCCGCAGCGCGACCUCAAAGGUGCGCUCCCCAUCGAAGAGCAGAAGGAGAAACCCGUUCUGGUUGUACAAACCGCCCCGCCCAACCGUGUCUUCACCAUCUUCUUCUCGUACCGACGCAUGCUGAACGCAGUGGGACUCGCCUUGCGUUUUGCGUCCAACUUUCGCAAGCCCGGCAAGCGGAACACGGACCGAGUUCUGUCGGUCGUCGAGCUGGAAGCCGCCAAGGUCGCACUCGUCAAGAUCGUCCAAGCCGAGACGUUCCCGGAGCAGCUCAAGCUGCUGCGGAAAGGCCGACCUAUCGCACCAAAAUCCCCUCUGCGCCUGCUCAACCCAUUCUUGGAUCAAGCUGGUGUGAUACGCGUUGGUGGCCGGUUGUGCCUUUCCGACGAGCCGUACGCAGUGAAGCACCUGAUGGUCAUCCCUGGCUUCCACCCAUUCACGCGGCUGAUGCUGACGUUCUACUGUUAUGUAAGGAGGGUAAGGUGA